AGAAAAUGGGGCGGCAUCAGGAAAAUCGCCUAAGAUUGUCGUCAAGAACGAAAGUAGCCGAAACCGAGCAUAAAGUCGAUUCGAAACUGGCGAAGACAAAUGCGAAUGGCCAAAUUGAGUGCAUUAUUUGCAAAGUCACUGUAAAAUCGGCCACAUUAUGGAAGGUACAUGUAAACUCCAAGUUGCACAAGGAACGCAUAACGAUUGCAAAGCAAAUAAAAUCAACUUUUAAAGGCGGCAUACCGGAAGCGACUACGAAGUUGUCCACGGUCACAACACAAACGCCAAAACCAUCCACAAAAGUAAUAGAAACGCCGAAAGGGGUCAUUGCAGUCCAACAAAGUCUCAAAAGCACACAACAAAUUGUACCAAAAGCGGCGCCUACACCUGUCACCACUGAAAAAUCCGCAUCCGCCAAUAACGUAGACACUUUGUUGCCAGAGAAGUUCUUUGACGAUCCCGUGAAGGAUGCGAAAAUUCGUAAUGCAGAAUAUAAGGACCCACAAGCAGAUGAAUGGGAACGUUUCCAGCGUGAAAUUCGUGAAGCAUCCUCUGUGUCUGUUGCCAUUAUUGCUGGUGAGCAAAUGGAAUCGGCCUUUGAUCGUGACUUGGAUGAGAUCAACGAUCAAAUGAAGCAUUGGUCCAGGUAUAUGAAUUUGGAGGCGCGCAAGGGUGUGCUUAGCGUAAAUAAAGACCACAAAUCCGAAACUCACAGUUCUGACGAGAAUGAAAGUGAUGAUGAGACAGCAGCAACUUCUGAAUUUUCGGACUGGCGUUCGAAGUCAUUUCUUUAAAACCACUUUGUGAGCGAUUAUCUGAUCUGAUCUUAUAUUUACUAACAUAAAUAUGUAUGUAAAACAAAUAUGUUAUGUUCGUUAAGAUCUUCAAGGAUGGAAUAAAAUAAUUUUUAAGAUACAAUAUGAAACAAA